CGCGCACGUCUUAACCGAGAUAUCCGGAAUCUUGAAACAGUCGCCCAGUCAUUAACACGGGCUCUCUCUCGACAUUGAACUCAACCUCUACAACUUACACCUUUUCAAACCAACCGCAAAAAUGGGCAAGAGUCUUAUGGACAAGAUCCAGGCCAAGCUGGAGCUCUUCCGGCUGGAGCAACGCUACACCCGCCGCCGUCACCGACGUUCCACCUUUGUCUCCAACGCUGUCUACGUUGAUGGCGAGUACGUCUACCAGACUCCCAACAGCACUGGCUCCUCGUCGGGAUCUUCCAACAUGGAUGCUCUCCACGGCGACAAGGCUGGCAACAGCUCUUCCUCCACGCCCACCACUGGCACCCUUGAGGGCGGCCACUUCCCUUCGGAGUUCCAAGCUCCUCCGCAGCAGCAACCACAGCCCACGAGCGCUGAGCGCAAGCGUCUAAACCGCUUCAGCUCUAUCCCACACUUUGGCGGAUCAUCCUUCAACAAGGAGAUGCCCAGCAUCCAAGAGCGAAGGAGCAGCAUGAUCCGAUGAACGAGUCACGGACAAUAAAUAUGAAAAAAGAAAAGAAACCACAAAAAA